AUGUCUCUUUUCAUCCAAGACGAUUCAGACAAGGAAGACUUGGUUUUAGAGCUCUCUAAACAAGAGCAGGAGCGUCAUAGCCAGGAUCCGAUUGCUGGCAAUGAUCAUGGCAAUGAAGAUCAAGAGACUCUUUAUCCUUUGCUUCUAGACGACGGUGCAGAGAAUAUGAAGCCUAAUAUAGAAGAGAUACGGCCGGUAGAUAUACAGCUCUCGCUGCCGCUACACUUUCAACAACAAAUUGUUGAAGAUAAUUUGGUGUCCGAAGACAGUUUACUACUACUAGGCAAAGGUUUAGGACUCGAACCAAUUGUCGCAAAUCUCUUGCACAUCCUGGCGACCCCAACGAGGAUUGAUGGUAAGGAUAAGAGGUCUUUGGUGGUUGUGUUGAAUGCGAGCGAUGAAGAUAACGACAAGAUACAAGAAGAAUUGUUGGAGUUAUCUUGGUCUGCAGAGGACCCUGAAGCUGAUAUAUCAGAACCAGAAGAACAGGGUGCUGAUAGCAGGGACUUUCGACACUCUCAGAGGCCCUUUAGCGUAGUCAAUGCCGAAACUCUUACUGUAGAGCGCAGAAGGCAGCUUUACCUUCGAGGUGGAAUUGUGUCCGUCACGUCCAGAAUAUUAAUUGUGGACUUGCUGUCUGGGAUUGCACAGCCAAGCAAAAUUACAGGACUUGUAAUUCUACAUGUAGAGUCACUCCAUCGAUUUUCCAACGAAUCGUUCAUCACCGAAAUGUAUCGUUCGGCGAACAAAUGGGGUUUUAUCAAGGCAUUCUCCGAUCAGCCGGAGUUCUUCAUGACUGAAUUUUCGCCUCUACGACGUAAGCUACGUGACUUACACUUGAAGCGCACUUUACUGUGGCCGCGCUUUCAUGUCGAUGUAUCAGCAAGUUUAAAUCCACGCAAUGAAAACAAGGUCAUUGAAGUGAAAGUUUCACUGACAAAUUCAAUGUCUCAAAUCCAGUUUGGGCUUUUUGAAUGUCUAAAAAAGUGCAUCGAGGAGUUAAAUAGGAAAAACCCAACCUUGGCGCUAGAGUCUUGGAAUGCUGACAAUUGUUUGCAUUUUAACUUCCUACAAUCCAUCCACGCGGUUCUGUCUCCUAAUUGGCACAGAAUUUCUUUCGAAUCGAAACAACUGGUUAAAGACAUAGGAACUUUAAAAAAGCUAUUGCAUGCAUUGGUGAGCUAUGACGCUGUUGAUUUUUAUGAGAUUAUUCAAAUGAUCCUAGAGGCCAACAAGCCCUCGGUUACUAGAAAAUACUCAGAGUCGCCCUGGUUAAUGGCAGAAGAAUCCCAAGCAGUGCUUUCCUACGCUAAAAAACGUGUUUUUGUGAAUGGUGAUUAUGAACUGGAAGAACUGCCAAAAUGGGAGCAACUAACGGCAAUUUUAGAGGAUAUAGCAGUUGAAAGAGCUAAUUCUGUUAAAUCUACUGGACCCACAUUGAUAAUCUGUUCCGAAGAUCGUACCUGUCGCCAGUUGAGAAAAAUAAUAAGCUACUCAAAUCGCCAGGAAGGUACCCGUAAAUAUUUGCUUCGGAAACUGAGAACUUACAUGGACAGGCGAGAUGCUCUUAAACAAACUGCCAAAGAGGUGAGUGAGCACACGUUAGCCGAAGACGCGACUGGAGAAAUAAGCGUUUCGCGUACCUUUGCGAAGGAGGAGAUCAAUUCAAAGCGCCGCAGAACCAGGGGAGCUGCUGCAGUGGCCGCUGUUGCUCGCCUAAAAAGUGCAUCUGUUAAUGGCGGUGAGAAUAUCGACAAUUUGAUGACAAUAGACAGCAUCGAGGAUAACCUCAAUCAACUUGAGGAAGACGGCCCAGAGCUCCUACAGGAGGAUGAGUUGGAAGAAUUCGAAAAAGAUGUCGAAGAUGCCCAUGACAGUACGACUAAUGAUAGCAGCGAAAAUUACGAUUCUUUCAUAAAGCCUAUUGUGGGAAAUGAUGAUAUCUGGAAGAAUAAUGACACUUUCUAUGACUAUAUUGAGAGAGGUGAUCAGAUAGUCAUCGACAAAUUCUACAACAAAACAAAUGAUCUUCUUUUACAAGAAAUAAUGCCUUCACAUAUUAUCAUGUAUGAACCAGACUUGUCUUUCAUAAGAAAGGUUGAGGUGUUUAAAGCACUUAACAAGGAUCUUCCAUUGAAAGUUUAUUUCAUGUACUAUGGCGAUAGUGUUGAAGAACAGAGCCAUUUGACUGCCAUCAAAAAAGAGAAAGACGCCUUCACUAAAAUAAUUAGAGAGCAUACAAAUUUGGCUCAACAUUUCGAAGCAGAUGAAGAUCUUUCCCGAUUUAAAAAUCUCGCUCAACGCAAAUUGCAAAUUAGCAGGAAGUUGGGCAGCUCGAGAAUGGCUGGGGGGCAAAGAGCCUUUGAGAACUUAACCAGCGAUGUUGUGGUCGUUGACAUGCGAGAGUUUCGAGCACCUCUACCCGGAUUACUUUACAGAUACGGCGUGAGAGUAAUUCCUUGUAUGUUGACAGUCGGGGACUACAUCAUCUCUCCUCAAAUAUGCCUGGAGAGGAAAUCCAUUCCUGAUCUAAUCGGAAGUUUCAAAAAUGGGCGAUUGACAGAUCAGUGCAAAAAAAUGUCUAAAUACUAUGAUUACCCAACACUUCUAAUUGAAUUUGAUGAUAUUGAUUCGUUCUCAUUGGAGCCUUUCAGCGAGAGACGAUACGGAUCAAAUUCAUCCACCUCUCAUCCAAUCGGGGGGAAAUUAAUGCAAGACGAAAUACAAUUACAGCUCUCUCAAUUGGUUUUGAAAUUUCCAACUCUUCGAAUCUUAUGGUCGUCGUCACCACUACAGACUGUAAAUCUAAUUUUAGAUCUGAAGUUCGGUAGAGAACAACCUGACCCUGCAACAUGUGUUGAAAUUGGUUUGAGCGGGAAGAAGAAACAAGCAAAUAUGAACAACGAGUCCGUGACUAAAAUGAAAGAGCUUUUGGCGAUCCCAGGUUUGUCGAAUGUCGACUAUUACCAUAUUCAAAAACGUGUUAAAAACAUGAAAAAUCUAAAAAGGCUCAGCAGGCAACAACUUAUCGAUAUAGUGAAUGACCACGACCUAGCUGAUCGUAUUCUGAAUUAUCUUGCUAUGGAAGAGGAGGAGGAGGAACCUGACCUCUUAGCUUGA